GUUAUCUUACUCAUACCCCAGUCAUUAUCUCACUUAUUUCUCCUAAAAAACAACAGAAUAAAAAAAAAAGAAGGAAAAUCUGUGUUCCGGCGCGGGAAAAUCUCAACGGCGGGCGUUCCGGAGCGGGAAAAUCUCACCGGCGGGGGUUCCGGCGAAGUCUACAGAUUGAUCGAGCAGAGGUUCCUGAGCUUGGAGUUGCAUGGAUUGCGAUUGGUUUUUGUCAGUGACGUUUUACAGGCGAAAUGUCGUAUAAGAUGGUUUGGGUUUGACAGAGAGUGGAGGUUUGAGAUUGGAGUGUGGGAGAAGCUGAGGUGGAUAGUGUGGGAGCGGUUCAUUGAGUUGUGCUGUGGUGACUCAGUGAGCCUUUUUCAAACAAAUGUCUUUCCAACCCAAAAGUUCUUGGACUCCGAGAGAUUCGAGCUGUCUAACUGAUGGAGAGAUGGGUUAUGACAAUUCUUCCAGAUUAGAUUCAAAGCGUGGUCACCCGUGGUUUAUGGAUUCCAAUGGGCCGGAGCUCUUCAACAACAAGAAGCAAACAAUGGAGUCUGUUAAUGGCAGACCAGUUUCAGAGAUGGGUUAUGACAAUUCUUCCAGAUUAGAUUCAAAGCGAGGUUACCCGUGGUUUGUGGAUUCCAAUGGGACGGAGCUUUUCAACAACAAGAAGCAAGCAAUGGAUGCUUUUAAUGGCAGGCUAGUUUCAGGAGUUCCACAUUUGGAAAAUUUCCCGUGGGAAAACACUUCAGGGUUUCAGUCAGUUCCAGGUCAAUUCACUGAUCGGCUUUUUGGAACUGAGCCAGUACGGACAAUCAACCCAGGUGAGAGGAACAUUCAAUCCGUUGGAAAUGGAAAUAUGAAUUUGGGAAGAAAGGGUUUUGAGAAUCAAUAUGGAAAUGAUUCAUCAAUGGGUUUGUCAAUGUCUCACUCUAUCGAAGACCCCUCAUCAUGUCUCAGUUUUGGUGGAAUCAGAAAAGUGAAGGUCAAUGAAGUUAGGGACUCUGAGAAUGUAGUGUCUGCGUCUAUGGGGCACUCCUACAUUAGAGGAGACAACACUACAAUUUCAGCAGGUACCGCGUUUAAUAAGAGCAAUGAAAACAGCAUAUCUUUGGGUUCGACUUAUAACAAUGGCGAAGAGAAUGCAAUCGCAAUAGGGCCUUCCUUUAAUAAGGCAGAUGAAAAUUUCAUUUUAAUGGGUCACACCUACAGUAAGGGAAAUGGGAAUUUCACAUUGAUGGCUCAUAAUUAUAACAAGGGUGACAAUGGUAACUUAUCAAUUGGACGGCCCUUUGACAAGGAGGACGGAAGAUUUAUAUCAAUAGGCCAGUCAUAUGAAAAGGGAGAUAGCAGUUUCAUAUCGUUAGGUAGCUCUUACAACAAAGGUCAUGAGAGUUUUGUUUCUAGUGGUGCAACAUAUAGUAAAGCAAAUGAGAAUUUCAUCUCAAUGCCUCCGACAUAUAACAAGGCAGAUUCAAAUGCUGUACCUCCCUAUGAUAAAGGAGAUAGCAGUUCUAUGAGUCAUAAUUACAGUAAGAGUGAGAGCACCACCAGCUUUGGAAGUUUUCAUGAUGAACUCGACACAAAUCCUUCUGGCAGGAUCAUUAACAGCUAUGAUUUGCUGACGAGUAGCCAGAACAUAGCUCAACAGUCAGAAGAACCUGGCCUGAAGGAUCCAGUUCAGUCACAUACGGAUCCAAAUGUAGGUGAAGCUCUGCAAGUUGAUUCUAAAACUGAUAUGGUUCCAAAAAUUAAAGAGCCAAGAACUGCUAGGAAAGCUCCUCCAAACAACUUCCCUUCAAAUGUCAAAAGUUUGUUAUCAACUGGUAUGUUUGAUGGUGUUCCAGUGAAGUAUGUUUCCUGGUCACGGGAGAAAAACCUCAAGGCAACAAUAAAAGGGGCCGGGUAUCUUUGUUCCUGUGAUCAAUGCAAUCACCCAAAGUCUCUUAAUGCUUAUGAGUUUGAGCGUCAUGCUGGUGCCAAGACCAAACAUCCCAAUAAUCACAUCUACUUUGAGAAUGGAAAGACCAUUUAUGCAGUAGUUCAAGAGCUGAAGAACACUCCUCAGGACGUGCUGUUUGACGCCAUUCAAACUGUAACAGGGUCUCCUAUUAAUCAGAAGAAUUUCCGCAUCUGGAAAGCAUCAUAUCAAGCCGCAACCCGUGAACUUCAGCGUAUCUAUGGAGAAGAUGAAGCCGCUGUACCUUCUUGACAUCGGAAUCUUCCUAGUUAACUUUUUUGGGGGUAAAUUAAGAUGUGAUCGUGCGUAGCGACAUACAGCUUAUAGUAAAUUACUAAGUUAUAGACCUAAAUUUGAAUACUGGAUUUGGUGGAUGGCAUGUAUUUUGGCUAUUUGAAACGUUUCAUAUAAAAAUAGAAUUUCGGAUUUUGGACAGUUUAUUAUCUAA